AUGACCAAAAAGCGGAAUAUUUCGGCCACCGAUAACGGCGCCAGCCUCUUCUCUCUAAUAUUCCUUCUUUAUACUCCACGCUCCAAUUUUCUUCAUUUGGUCCCUGCCCCUCCAUCUCCCUUUGCCUUGUUCGCCUGUUUCCCCUGUUCCCUUCGCCCACUCGCUCCCUCAUACAACCCGUCGGCCAUCGCCGUGAGUGCUCUGACGCACAUUUCGCCCGGGCUGGAUGCUUCGUCUUCCCCUACUGGAUGCGGCGAUUUGGGGUUUUGUUUGCAUUUGCUAAUUGCAACUUUCCACUCAACUCCAUCCUUGACUUUAACUUACUCUUCGCAGCGCCAAAGGACAUCUCCCGAAGAUGAUUACAGGAAUCAACACCAGGGCAUAAAGUGCAAGCGCGAGCAAAUCAAUCCGGACCUCCUUAGUGGUGAUACCGCCUCACUGCCAUCGCCCGAGAAUGACAUCCAAAAAAACAAACUCAGCACGUUGAAGAGGGAGCUUGCAGUAAGGAAGGAAGAGCGACGGACGGCGCUGAGGAGGAUUGCGGAGCAAAAAGACUACAUCUUUACCCUCUCCAACCGUUUGCUAGCCGCGGAAAACGAGUGCCAAGAGAUCGAGCAUAGCAUCAGUAAAGCCGCUGAGUAUCAGCAAAACGCCAACAUACAGGAAAAUCUCCGAUAUGAGUGCUCGGUUCUAGCGCUACAGGACCUUAUUGCUCUUCGAACAAACGACUCCCGCAUUGCGUACCAGGAAGUAUUACGGCCCAUGGGUGGUAAAUGUCCAGUUCCUUCUCGCACUCGAGAAAUUGCAAGGUAA